CAACAACAUCAUGGCUGACGAGGCCAAAACAAAUUUUUCAGCCUCAAAUAACCCUGAAAAUCUACUUCACCAGACUCCUAAAUCUUUCAAAUCGGGAGAAACAAUGCCUGGCCCAUCAAGAAAGAGGUCUUGUCUCUCGCCACUCCCGGCCACGAGCAGAGGCAAGACCUUGUUCUCGGAAAACUAUGGAACAAAGAUCCUCCUUGGUCUGAGACGACUACGGCAGACCGAUAUCUUGUGUGAUCUGGUGUUGAAAGCUGAAAACAAGAACCUGAAGGUACACCGUGCUGUGAUGGCCGCAUGUAGUGAUUAUUUCCGUGCGAUGCUGACGUCAGAUAUGGUGGAGAAAACACAGGAGUGUAUCGACUUGAAAGGCAUAUCUGGGAGUGGACUGGAAGCUGUGGUUCAGUUUGCUUACAGCGGAGUUCUACAGGUGACAUCAAACAAUGCUGAAGAUGUGAUGGCUGCUGCAUCACAUUUACAAAUAUCUGAAGCGGUUGAUCUCUGCUGUGAAUAUUUAGAAUCAGCAAUAACUGUGGGGAAUUGUGUUGAUAUUCUAAACCUUGCUGAACUCUAUUCACUACACCAGACAAAGUCAAAAGCUCGUGAAUUCAUUCUGGAGAACUUUGUUGCAUUUGCCGAGUCUGAUCAGUACUUUAAAUUAACCAGCAGUCAGCUCUCUCUGCUAUUGGAGGAAAAUGGUUUGAAGGUUGUGACUGAGUUCAAACUCUUUGAAUUGGUCCAAACCUGGGUGAACUUUGACCCUAAAGGUCGCGAACAUUUUGUUACAAUGCUGAUGAGCAAACUCCGGCUCCCUCUCUUGUCGGGGGAGGAGCUUGUUGAGAAAGUCAGUAAGGUGGAAAUAAUGCAGGCGAAGAAGGAAUGUACCGACUUGUUAACCGAGGCCAAGGACUAUCAUAUUGUUGUGAGUAAGCAACCAAGGCUGCAGUCGCCCAGGACACAGGUUCGCAGUAAUACACAGAGUUUAGUGAUGUGCCAUGCCGAGUAUCUAGAGUCAUACAAUCUAACCACAAAGAAACAUUCUUUCCUCCGUGACAGUACAGUGCCACUAUACAACCCAUGUGUCUGUGUGGUCAAUAACUUUAUGUAUGCCUGUGGUGGGAAGUAUGACAGUAAUGAGAAUAAUGAGAUUGCAACUGCAAGGUGUUUUCGUUACGACCCUCGAUUUGACUCUUGGUACGAACUCGCAGCAAUGAGUGAAGCCAGGAAAGAUUUCGCAUUAAUGGCGAUUGGGGACAUUUUGUAUGGGAUCGGUGGCCAGGACGAGAAUAUGGUUAUGUGUUCUGUGGAGGCAUUCUCUAUUGAAGAGAACGAAUGGGAACUGAAGGCUCCUUUGAUUCAUGCGACAUAUGACCAUGCCGCCACCAUGUGUCAGAAGCUGAUCUAUCUAUCUGGCGGCCAACGCUUCGAUGGCUUCAGCGAUCAGAUGGUCUGCUAUGAUGCAGCGUCCAACAUCUGGACUGAGAAAACACCGAUGUUUGCAUCACGAAGUAAACACAUCAUGGCCACAGUUAAAGAUGAAAUAUUUGUUGUGGGUGGUAACAUCGAGGACAGCUAUGGUUUCCCUGUCAACCGCACAAUGAUUGAGUGUUAUCACCCGGUCCGUGAUCAGUGGACAGUCUGUAGCUCCACGCUGACUGUCCGUGAGGCUGGCGCAUGCGUUCAUGAUAAGAAGAUUUACAUUGUUGGUGGAAUCAAUGGUGAGCAUUACUAUUCAAACCUUGUGCAGAUGUUUGAUACGGCGGCAGAUAAAGUUGAAAAUGUGGAGAAAUUUCCAACCAGGAUUUUGGGCCGUGCUUGUUGUAUUCUGACACUGCCUCAGUAUCUGCAAUAGACAUCUCUUCUGGGUAAUCAUGACAAGGUUUCUAUGACUUGUUUACAAAAUAUGGCUGCAAAGUACCGUAUCAUACUUUUCAGUAUGAAGAUUCCCGGUUGACAAGUAAUGAAGUACACAGGCUAAACUAUGGGGCGGGAUGGGUGAUGGAAUCUACCGAUGUGCGUAUCAAUGUUGCAGCAAUAUUUUGUGUCAAAGAUUUAUUGUAGAUCCAUCCUACUUCAUGUAAUUGUGGGAAACUCUGGACAAGAUUUCACAUGGUUGUCUUGCCCUUUCAUAAUAUCGAGUCAUCCACAGCUGGGACAAUCGACAUGUACAUUGUAAUGCUAGAUAUUCGUUCCAUGUUUAAUGUACGAUGGACGAUGUUGUAUGGUUGUUUUCGCACUUGAACCCUCAUAAUGUUUCCUAAAUGUAAAGAAUGAAAUUAUAGAGCCAUUAUCACGAAUAUCAGAGGAAAUAUUUUAGAUAUACACAUACCCUUGCUAGACUCUGGAAACAUUUUUAAUAUCACAGUUGGAUUGUUACAUGUAGUAUGUUACGUUGAAAGUUUAUCAUGAACUUUGAACCAUUUGGGAGGAACAUACUUUUGUGUCCCUCUCCUCUCUGCCAAUGUUGUUGUGGAUUAUGGUAGGAUAUAUCAUUUCCUACUUUGUGAACAAUGUUAUAUUAAACGUGGAGGUUUAAAGAAUCA